AAACCAGAUGGUUAAGAGAGUCACGUCAACUGUGACCGAGUAAAGUUAGUCAGAAAGCAACAGUCGAUAACAGUUGAGGCUUCCAGAGUAAUGUUGCUUGAUCUACAUUUGGAUUUGGUGGAAGUUGUACGUGGUUUGUCUUAGGUCUGCUUUACUCUUCAACAACUCGGAACUUGUUGAGAAUGUUGGAAAUGUGUGGAUAAUACUAUAUGAUGAAGUCCAGCUAAGGAUAAGAGCAUAUGUACUAAAUAUGGAUUGGACAUUCUGGAUUUCUGUUCUUGCCCAUCUAAUCAUCUCAGACUACGCGUCAGGGCUGAAACAACAGAAUCUAUUCAACCUGACAGUGGAGGUAUGGGAUGGCGAGGUGAUGUUGCUCUGGCAACCGCCAAAAGAGGCCCCUUCACCAGCUCAGUACCGGGUGCAGAUGGAAAGAUACGGAGCAACUAACUGGAAAAAUGUUACAAGCUGUGGAAAUACACAGGAAACACACUGCGACCUUACUCGUUAUAUUGAAGACCCCAAACAAUUGUACAAGGUCCGGGUAGGAUUGAUCACUGAGAAUGGCAACCUUACAUGGUCAACACCAAAGAGAUUCAACCCCAAAGACACUCAACUGCUGAUCCCCUCCAGCACAGUUUUGCUCACCUCAACUUCAGUAAUUGUCAGAGUUUACAGAAAGCCCCUUUUAAAAAGGAUCUACCCAUUUGGCCUGCUAUACACUGUCCACCUACAGGAGAGAGGACUGCAAAACAAGACCACAGUAUGGACGUUUACGAUGGAUGGUGACGAGGAUGAGGCUGAGGUCCUGUUCAGGUCUCUUCACUGGGGAGAGGAGUACUGCGUUAGCCUCAGAGUGGAAGGCAGUGGAGGACGGUCUAGCAGCAAGUUCUCCCCUGCGGAAUGCUUCUUCCUACCAGAGCAAGAGUGGUUCAUCAUGGCAAUAGUGUCCUUCUCCAUACUCAGUGUGACAGUGGUCCUGUUAGUCCUGGCUCUUGGCACUUUCUUCUUCCUGUGGCGUCCAAGGAAAAUGCCUGCUUCACUGAAAUCCCUAAACAGCGGCUGGCAUCCUCUCAGUGUGGGAGAGGUCCCAGUUGAGAUUGUCACAGACAAAGGCUGGUUCAUCAGCAAAACAACAACGGACGCCAUGGACUGGGUGGCCAAUGACAUGACUAUGCCAGCAGUGACAGAAGAUCAGAAAGAAGAGAUGGACAGGAAAAUGAGCCUGGACAGUGGGGUUAGCACUAAAUCACACAUUUCGAUCAGGAACAAAGGCAGUUCGGCAAGGCAAGAGGACAGUGGCUGCGGAAGUCUGGGAGCACCGGAAAGCGUUGUCAGCAGCAGCAGCGGAACUGAGGAGUCAACUUUGCGGGAUGGGAGGACUAACGGAGACAUGGGACUGACAGAGGACAGUGGGAUGGGCAUGGGAUGCCGGUCAGGCUCUGCUGUGAGUCUACAUGGGGAGGACUGUGGACAUUUGGCUGAGCGUCUGUUGAUGACGGGGGAUUGCUACCGGAGCCAGAGCCCCUCUUCAGUGGACGCCCAUGUGACAGAAAAUGAGACCGUUACCUGUGAUUCUGCCCCGGGAUACCGGUCGGGUCACUUGGCCUGCAUUUGUUUAGGGGCAGGCCAAUGUCUAUGGUGCCAAGCAGUUAGACACUACAAGAGUAGAGUCGAUGGACAGUCUGUGGCCUGUAGCAAUUUUCCAGAGGAGCAGCUAAUUGGCGGCAAUCUCACGGGUGACACAUGUGAGAUGGAAUCAACAUUCUUUUGCUAUAAAAAGAAUAGACUUGACAUAGAAACGUUAGGACAUUUGGAGGGUCCACUGCUUACCUGUACAGAUGAAUCCUUUCCACUACUGACAGCUUUAUCGAAGUGCCCCCUUGGGGAGGAAGGACUGGACUGGGGCGUGAAAACGAUUUCUCUUUCUCUGGGUGAUUUAAAAGUGACUUUCGAUUGACACUCAUGAAUCUGACCUGAGGACACGAUGCGACACACAGGCCCGCCAUAUUGUGGAAAGUGAUGCAACAUGUAUAUAAAAUCCUUUGUAUGCCAUUUCAAGUAAACACUCAAUAAAUGUUUUUGGUACCA